AUGAGUGGCUUCAACUCAUUUGGUAACCUGUUAACCUUCCAUUCGCAGCCUUCAGGUGCUUCAGUUGAUACCAGUCUUAAAACUGAUCCUUCAAUCUCCAACCGUGGUGGGGUCCUGGUCUCCGUGCCUACUCAAUCGGUAGGCGGAGGAGGAGGAGGAGGAGGACUACCCGAACAUCAGACUUCUCAAAAUGAGGCUACUUCACAGCAACUGGCUACUCAGCAAGUAGCAGCAGCAGCGGCUGCUGCUGCCUCACAGCAACAGCAACAGCAACAGCAGCAACAACAACAACACCAUCAUCAACAACAGCUGCAACAGCAACAGCAGCAGCAACAACAACAACAACAACAACAGCAGCAGCAGCAGCAACAGCAUCAGCAGCUCCAACAACAACAGCAACAACAACAACUGCCAGGUGUUGGUCAAACGUUGCAAAAUCACUUACACAUAAUUCAAAUGCAACCUAAAAGGCGUAACAAGCCUGGCCAAAGAUUUGGAGCUAAGAAGCGGUCUUGGGUAUGGAAUUGUUUCACUCAAGAUUCUGAAAAUGCCAACAUUGCCGUUUGCGAAUUAUGUGGAAGAGUUAUUAUGAGAUUGGCAUCAGAUAAAGGGUCUCCCAAGAAACUUAUAGAACAUUUGCGUACUCACAAAGUGAGUAAAGAAGACGUUUUAAGUAAUAGACCCAUAAUUGUGGGUAACUCAGGAUAUACGUUUAUCCCCCGUAACCAACCUUUUGAAGACGGACAUCCAGGUGAUAGUUUGGUACAUGAAUCCCAAGCCGUUGAUCCAACUGGAAAUAUCAACAAUCCACUGCAACUGGCAGCUGAUUCUGUUUCUCAACAAGUUAUUCCCUAUGGUUCAAAUCAACCAGAUGAUGCUGGUAGUCCUGGUGGUGGUGAAGGUUCAGGAGGAUCGCCUGUUCAAACAAGACCAAUCUAUAAUAGUAAUAGACGGUUUGUAUCAGACAAAUUUGAUAACAGUCCAUACACAACUACCAAAUUUCACAAACAUUUGCUUACCUUCUUACAAGAAAACGAAUUACUGUUUGCUGUUCUUAGGUCUCAUUCGUUUUUACAGUUGAUCUACGAUUUACGGUCCAACUCUGUGUCGGAAGUAUUGGAGUUGGGGAAGUUGUAUUCCUCAGUAAUUGAAGUUUCAAGGUUUGCCAGAUCUGAGAAUGAUACCGAGGAAUAA